AAGACGAAAUUAAAGUUGACUGUGUUGUUUGCGCAAUAGUAGAUUUUAGGCUAGUGAUUUAAUGUAAUUUUAUCAUAAAAAAAAGACUUUUGAAACCACAAGUGUCAUUGUGUACGGAUAAAUUUUAAAUCAGUGAUUUCAAGUUUUAAGAGAUUAAAAGAUGUCAGAAGACGAAAGAAAUCAGAAAAAUAACACUGAUAAUAAUGUUGUGAAUGGAGGAAAUGACAUUUGUAGAGAUUUUUUACGUAAUCUUUGUCGACGUGGUAAACGAUGCAAAUAUAGACAUCCAGAAACUGAAGAUACAGAGAAAAAAGAUUAUGUCUUUUGUCAUGAUUUUCAAAAUAAAGAAUGUCGACGUCCUAAUUGUAAAUUUCUUCAUUGCAGUAAGCAAGAAGAAGAAUUUUUUCACAACACAGGAAAGCUUCCACCUCAUAUUCAGGAAGCUCUGAAUGCAAGUAAAGAUGUGCGUGAAAUUUGCAAAGAUUUUAUGAAAGGUGAUUGUCGUCGUGGUGCCAGAUGCAAAUUUCGCCAUCCUAAUCCUGAAUUUGAAAUGGGUCCAAAUCCAAGAGGAAGACGUUUUGAUAGUUUUGAACGUUAUGAUGAUUUUAAUCCCUAUGAACCAGAACCUAAACGCCGCAUGUUUGAUGAUCGAUUUGGGGGACCACCUAUGAUGGAUCGUCCAUCCAGAGGAGGAGAACCUCUUUUGCCUCCUCCUGCUCCACCAGUGCCUCCUGAUUAUAGGAUGCUAGAAGAUGAAAAUUCAUUAUUAAGAAGAAAAAUUGAUGACUUAAAGAAGCAAGUUGCUGAUCUUACAGCUACCAACGAGUUCCUGCUGGAUCAGAAUGCCCAACUUCGUCUCAGCAGACAUGGUGGCGGUGGCGGGCACAACUUCGUGGAGAGACAGAUGUUCUGAAAUUGCGACAUUUUCUCAGCAAACAUACCACAUAGUGACCCUAUUCUGCAAUCCCCUAAUCCUUACAUUCAGGAUACCAACAACCAGAUGAUUGUGAAAUUUUAUUUCAUAUAUCAUUAUAGAGAUACUGCAUGUGUUUAAACAGGAAAACAGGCUGCAUCUAGGUCAACUGAUCAACAUUGAUAGACAUUCAUCAUGCUUACAUGCUCUGAAUAUGAACUUUCAGUAUCCCAUUCUUUUACUUUAAAAAAGAAAACCUGUUAUAUGUUGCAUAAUUCAGAGGUAUUUAAUUCUUUGCAAUUAUCUACCAUGCAUUGCAUAUGUACUAAUUAGUAGUGUGAGCGAGCAACUUUGCAACACUUAAACAGGCAUGUAUAAAAUUUAAAAGUUAGCUGCUGUUGCUAUGUAUAACUAUAAUUAUACAAUUGUAAGUCAGUGUUAGGAUAAAAUGUAAUGUUUAUUUUAAACUUGUCAUUUAUUUAGUCUUGAAAAAUUACUUUUUCAUUAGAUGGGCCACAUCUAUUAUGUAUUGUGGUGCUGAGAAGUAUUUAGAUAUUUGCUAACAAAACAAAAUUUUAUAGGGACAAAAUAUAAGUAAUUUUGGUCUUAAUAUUGUUUUCACACAGCAUAUACUUAUGCAGCAAUGUAAUGUGUAUUGUUCUGGGUUAAUUAAAGCUUUACUUUUAUGCCCUAUUUUUGAAUGAAUUUUAUU